UCCUGAAACAAAUUCCACAAUCUAUUUUAUAUGAAUCAUCUGCAGAGGGGAGAGGAGGAAAAGAGCAGGCCAUGGGAGCUUCCCUGAAUGCCAAACAUCUCUCCAAAGACUCACAAAUCAUCUCCACCAAACCCAGACCACCAAGUUACAGCUCUCUCAGCCCAUACAGUUGGUCGCAGAACUUCUCCCAAGCCCUGGAUCAAUAUCUGUACCGCUCUUCCCCCAAAUCCAAAAGUCCUGCAAAGACUGCCUUGAAGGCCAAGAAGAUCCUUGGCUGGGGAGAUUUUUACUUCCACGUGAAAACUGUUAAAUUUAGCCUGUUGGUGACAGGGAAAAUUGUCGACCACAUCAACGGGACCUUCGGUGUCUAUUUCCGCCAUAACUCAUCACGCCUAGGGAACAUAUCUGUAAGCAUCGUCCCACCUUCCCAAGCCAUGGGGUGGGAUGUUCUGGACCCUGGGGCUCAAAGCCCCAACUCCAACAAUGGCCAAGUCUUGGGUCAGGGGUUCCAGUCCCAGAACCACCCUCAGUCGACUGGCCCUGGUACCCUUGACCAGCAGAAGCAGCAAGAUUUGAUGAUGACGACGACGGAGCUCAACUGUCGGGUUGAGUACCAGAGAACCGACCGGUCCAAGAAGACUAAACCCUGCCUCUACGACCCGGGGAAGAUCUGUUAUUCUGAGAACACCCAAUCACAAGGAGCCUGGAUCUGUGCCAAGCCAUUCAAAGUCAUUUGCAUCUUCAUAGCAUUCACCGGAACUGACUAUAGACUGGUGCAGAAAGUCUGUCCAGAUCACAACUAUCAGACUGACCACCACCAGCAGCACUUUGGAUGA